UGAAUUCCCACCAAUUGCAAGCCUGUCUUUGACGUCCGCCGUCCGGUUCCUCCAAUCUCCAUGUGCCGUUUCCGGACAGCAGGUGCCGGUGUCAUUGGGAGGUUGAGGGGCGCUACAGACCAUGUCUGCCAGGCUACUGCUCCUUCGGCGUCUCCUUUUCCCACUCCGGUUCCAGGUUGGACGCGCUGCCCCGUGGAGAGCUGUGAGCACCGGCUGGUCCCCCGUGGGAGCCGCAUUCAAUGUAAAGCAGCAGCGCAGGCUUGAUGUGUUCGGCAAGAACACGGGUCUGUUUGGAGUGCCCGAACUGAGUUCCCCAGAAGGAUUCCAGAUAGUAGAGGAUAAUGCUCUUCGGAACACAGAGUCCUUGGUAGAGAGGGUUUGCUCCAGUCCACCCAGUGCAGAGACUGUCAGGCUAUUUGACCAGCUUUCCAAUGAGCUCUGCAAGGUGGCAGACUUGGCUGAUUUCGUGAAAGUCGCCCACCCCGACUCUUCCUACAGGGAAGCUGCUGAGGAGGCGUGCAGGAACAUAGGUACCAUGGUGGAGAAGCUGAAUACAAAUACAGAUCUGUGCCAAAGUCUAAGGUGUCUUCUGGGAAAUCAACAGGUUAUGGAUUCACUGGACCCUGAAACAAGGCGUGUGGCCGAACUGUUUUUGAUUGAUUUUGAGAUAAGUGGAAUUCAUCUGGACGAGGAAAAGAGGAAGAAAGCGGUAAACCUGAAUGUGGUUAUAUCGGACCUAAGUAGUGAAUUCCUGCUAGGAGCCAAUUUGCCCAAUCGGAUUGACAAGCAGGCUUUGCCUGAGCACAUUCACUCCCAGUUUCCCUGGGAUGGAAGAUAUAUACAAGUCGGUGGUUUACACGCAGAUUCACCUGACGAUCUGGUAAGAGAAGCUGCCUACAAGAUUUUCCUUUAUCCCAAUGCCAACCAGUUGGAGUGCUUGGAGGAACUGCUUGCCAGCAGAAAUAGCCUGGCACAGCUUGUGGGAUACCCCACGUUUGCACACAGGGCGUUACUAGGGACCAUGGCUAAAACUCCAGAGACAGUUCAGACGUUUCUUCAAAAAUUAUCGGACAAAUUACAUGAUCGCACUUUGAAGGAUUUUGAAAUGAUGGCAGGAAUGAAAAUGAAGCUAAAUCCUGUGAGUGGGAAUCUGAUGCCAUGGGAUCAUCCUUACUACAGUGGUGUAUUACGUGCAGAGAGGUAUAACAUAGAGCCCAGUCUGUACUCUCCGUUUUUCUCACUGGGUGCCUGCAUGGAGGGGCUGAGCUCCCUUUUUCACCAACUUCUCGGAAUCUCCCUGUUUUGUGAGCAGCCGGAAAAGGGAGAGGUUUGGUGUGAAGACGUCCGCAAGCUGGCUGUUGUACACGAAGAGGAAGGUUUGCUAGGAUACAUUUAUUGUGACUUCUUCCACAGAGCAGAGAAGCCCCCCCAGGACUGUCACUUUACCAUUCGAGGAGGGAGACUGAAAGAGAAUGGAGAAUAUCAGCUGCCUGUGGUUGUUCUGAUGCUAAAUUUUCCGGAAUAUAGCAAGAAAUCACCUACUCUUCUCACUCCCGGUAUGAUGGAAAACCUGUUCCAUGAAAUGGGCCAUGCAAUGCAUUCCAUGCUGGGGAGGACACGCUAUCAACAUGUCACUGGGACUAGAUGUGCCACCGAUUUUGCUGAAGUCCCUUCUAUACUGAUGGAAUACUUUUCAAGUGAUUAUCGAGUAGUCAACCAGUUUGCCCGCCAUUACCAAACUGGCCAGACACUGUCAAAGCCUAUGGUUUCUCGCCUAUGUGAGUCCAAAAAAGUUGGGGCAGCAUCAGACAUGCAGCUUCAGGUGUUUUACGCAAUGUUAGAUCAGACUUUUCAUGGGGUACAUCCCCUCAAAGGUUCGACAACUGACAUAUUAAAAGAAACGCAGGAAACUUUUUAUGGGCUACCGUAUGUACCACAAACAGCUUGGCAUCUGAGAUUUAGUCACCUGGCAGGCUACGGCGCAAAGUAUUACUCCUAUUUAAUGUCCAGAGCUGUGGCUUCCAUGGUGUGGAAACAAUGCUUCAUGAAGAAUCCGUUUGAUAGGGCGAUGGGAGAGCGAUAUCGCAGGGAGAUGCUGGCACACGGAGGAGGAAAAGAGCCUCUGCUCAUGGUUCAAGGCAUGCUCCAGAAGUGCCCGUCAGUGGAUGACCUGGUGGAUGCCCUUGUUUCCGAUUUGGAUCCAGACUUCGAAACGUUCCUUAUGGAUUCAGAAUAGGAGUAUGCCAACGCAAGUUGUGAGCCCCCGGGGGCGUAUUUUUUUUAUUUAAUUUUUUAAUAAACUGUUCUGGGAUAUAUUUUGCAUUGGUCGAAUGCAAAUUAGAAUCUGUGCAGUGAACCAUCUUUGCAGUUCUUGAAACAUGGAGGGACUUUCCAGAAUAAUGAUUAUUUCUAGAGUGGGAUUCUCAGCCAUAAAGGUGGCCAUACAUGGGCAGAUUAAAGCUUCUGAUGUCUGUACAUCAGACCGAUUCAGCAGCUUAUCUGCCCGUGUAGGGGGUGGUCCGACAGGUUUCCCUGAUCGAUAUCUGGCCAAUAUAUCAAUCAGGCAGGUUUGAUUUUUCUUGCGAGUGAGGACUGGAUCGGCUAGUUGAUACAGUCCUCAUCCCACUGGUGCCCAUUGCCAUUGUUGUAAUCCAAUCAUAUGGCCCUAAAGCUGAAUGAUCAGAUAAGACCAAUAUCGCCCUGCCUUUAGUGGCCAUAUCUGGUUAAGAUCUUCUAGUGUAUGGCCACCUUUAGAUCCCAAGGUGUCUUCACUACUAAUAUUAUAGCCAGGGUGCAAACAUUAAGUGAUAUAUUCAAUGUCACAAAAUUGACAACCAGAACAAUGCAGAAAAGAGUCUUUAGGCUUAUGGCACAUAUGAUGUCUCCUACACGGCCAUUUUUCAGCCAGAGAGGAAACGCCAAGACCUGGCCAUGCACUGUUGCAAUUCCAAUUAAAUGACGGGUCAUGUAGUCAGGUUCUGGUGAUUUGCCAGUGAGAAAACCGCACGAGGACUCACCGUUUUAGUUUAAAAUCAUGAGUCUGGAACCAUGUCAGAUCCUUCCAUGUCUAGAGAGGAAGGACCUCUCCAGAACUUAGGGUGAGCACCAGAGUUUGCCAAUGAUUAUUCUAGAGAAUAUAACAGAGUUUCAAGAUGGGCCACCUGAGCUGCUCACUAACUGAGGGAUCUUCGAGCAUGAAAUUAGGUUUUGGACUGAAGGACAUACCUUGGCCAAUUGAGUCAAAGUCUGUCAGUUUUAUUUGACCAUGUGUACUCAACAUCAAACUUACUGUAGAGGCAGUACAGAUGACUUCAUAUGCUGGGAUGGUUGACUUUGUUUUUUAUUUGUACAUUGUACAUUUUAUAUACAUAUUCUAUUCAUGGAAAAAGUGAGCCCUUUUUGUAAUUUAUUUUUAUAUGCUGCUGUGUUGCUUUCUAUGUUGUGUUCCUACUCAAGUGAAAACAUUUCAAUAAAUAGCUAUAUAAAGGCA